UUUCGCUGGGACCCGCGGUCGAUGCCGGUGAGGAGGGGGAUGGGCGCCUCUGCGAAUGUAAGGACCCGAGACAGAAUCAGAGCCCUGUAUCACAUACAGCAGCAUAUACCCCAUUAUAAAUACCGACUGUAAAUAUAAAAUACACUGAAAUAAAUGGAUUUAUUCACCGGGGAUCUCUCAUAGACACUCAAUGGAUGCACUUCACCUGCACAGGACAGGGAAUUUAACUUUCCGCCAAUGCGUGGGAGACACUGAGAAGUUUGUUUCUUACCCUUGGAGAGGGAGCUACUUUUAAGGGCAAAGGAUACAGGAGACUCCGAGGCCGUCACUCAGGCCUACUGGUCUGGUUGGAUUUGAUGUUGGGAUACUCUGAAGGCUUUCCACUGUACAUGGUUUUGCCUCGUUUGUACGAGUUUGGAAUGCCUCUUUAGGUCCCCCAUGACCGUGAGCCGUGGCCUACGGCUCCGCGGCGCCCCACCCCUGGAGCGGUCUGUUGCUGUAGUCGGGACCCUGUGAUUCCUUUCCUCGCCUCUCCUCCUCCCCCCCGUCCCAACCUGUCCCUCCCCUCCCCCUCCCCCUCCUCCUCCCCCCUCUUCCCCCCCUCCCACGCGUCGCUGUGCUGGACGUCAUGAGCAUAGUAAUCGCGCUGGGAGUCACUACACCUGAAACGUCCUACUCAGAUAUGGCUGCUGGAUCAGACCCUGAGUCAGUUGAAGCAAGCCCUGCAGUGAAUGAGAAAAACUACAACAACCACAGCUGUGGGAGCGCACAGAGUCAUGGGUAUCGGGGACUACCAUAUGCUAUGCAACAGUCUUCCGUUGUGUGUUGUCAGGAUCACAACUAUGGCGCGCCCCCUCCCCCCACCCCACCCGCCUCCCCGCUCUCCCAAACCAUCAUUCCCCGCAUGGAUCUCAAUGGCGUGGUACGCGGCUCGCGCUAUCACGAACCUACCGAGGACAACUCGGCCGACAGCGACAGCUCCUCAGAGGAGGACGGGGCCGUGGCCAGCUGGUGUCACUGCAGCCUGACGCCCGACGGCCUCAUCAUUAAGUGUGAGAACUGCAGGGGACUCGACAGGAGGAAAGGAGCAGAAGGUCAACACAGAAAGACAGACAAUGUCUCAGCCGGGGAGAGCAGUGCCACUGAGAGCGGUGACGAAGAGGUGUCUCCCUCCACCAUCUCCUACACGGCCACCCAGCACACGCCCACCAGCAUUAAACUCACCGUUAAUAGAGUCAAAAGGAGCAAAUCCAAAAAGAGGAAGAAGAGCACAGAAAAGGCUCGGGGAACAGCAAAGGCCAAGAAGGUCAAGGCGUUCAGAGAGGGUUCUAGAAAGUCCAUGAGGAUGAAGAACUCGACAACCGAGGCCAGUGUGCUCGAUGAGAACACAACAGAGGGAUGGGAGAACCGAAUCCGCCAGUGGACAGACCAGUACGAGGAGGCCACGGCCAACCAGUACAGCGCCGACGUCCAGACGCUCCUCCAGCUCCACCGCACUGCCAGCACAGCCGUUUCAAAGACAGAGAGCGGGACCACCACCCCACCUUCCUCCACGCAGAUCCAAGCCUCAGUCGACGCCAUGGACACCAUCAACCGCACGGAGCUGGCCUGUAACAACACAGUCCUGAGCUCCCAGAUGCAGCUUCAGCUUGGCCGAGUAACAAGGGUCCAAAAACACAGGAAGAUCCUCCGAGCAGCCAAGAACCUGGAACCAGACACACUCAUUAUCGAGUACCGGGGGAAGGUCAUGCUCAAGCAGCAGUUUGAGGUCAACGGGCACUUCUUCAAAAAACCCUACCCUUUUGUGCUGUUCUACUCCAAGUUCAACGAUGUAGAGAUGUGUGUGGACGCUCGGACCUUUGGAAAUGACGCCCGCUUCAUUAGGAGGUCCUGUACACCCAACGCUGAGGUCCGACACAUGAUCGCUGAAGGCAUGAUCCAUCUGUGCAUCUACGCUGUCGGUCAAAUCACUAAGGAUGCUGAGGUUACCAUUGGAUUUGACUAUGAGUUUAAUAGCUGUAAUUACAAAGUGGACUGUGCCUGCCAUAAGGGAAACCAGAACUGCCCGGUGCAGAAGCACAACCUGAGCCCCAGAGAAAGCCUGUUGAGCCCCCCCUCCCUUCCGCCUCCCACCCCUCUGGUCGGUGCUGAGACUAGACGGAGAAAGGCCCGGAGAAGAGAGCUGGAGGGCUGCGUAGAGACCCAGACCCUGGACCAGAACCCAGAGGCCAAAGACCUGCAGGGGACCAGUGACACAGAGGAGAGACUGCUGGAUGAGGUGAAGACUGAGGAAGGAGAGGAAGGAGAGGUGGAUGAAAAUGGAGUCGCUGUCUCCAGUAAAAGAACGUUCAACAGUCUGGAGAGGAGGCGGAGGAGAGUGGGAGGAGUGGACUUAAAAGAGGAGUCUGUGGAAGCUGAGGACAGGGCAGGAAACCCCACUGGGGGAAACACCCCUGUACCCCACAACACUGGAGUGGGCGUGAGCACACGACGCACCACCUAUGUCAUGGAAUCCACAUCCAUUGAAGAAAAGAUCUCCUCCCCCACCCUCCCUGCCCCAGUCGCUCCCCCUAAACCUGCACGACCCGCCAAGCCUCGGCCUAAAAGCCGGAUCUCUCGCUACCGCUCCAGCUCAUCGCAGCGAGCUCGGCGGCAGCGCCAAGCACUUGCUCAGCAGGCAGCGGCGGCCGCAGCGGCUGCAGCUGUGGCAGCAAUGCCUUCGUCGGCUGAGCAGGGGGCCACUCUGGAUGAGGAGGGGUCCCAGGGCCCGUACGGGUCUGAACAGGGCCACGGAGAGGGCAGUCUGGGAGCCGGUCAUCUCCUAGAUGGAGACGGUCAGGGUCUAAACUGCAUAAACAGAGGCAACUUGCGGUACCCCAAGACCAAGAAGUACCUGGUCACAGAGUGGCUCAAUGAUAAAAUCCCUCCUGGAGACAAAGUCCACCAGGAGGUCCCCAUUGAGCGCCCCCUGCGGAUAACCACUGACCCCACGGUGCUGGCCACCACGCUCAACAUGCUGCCAGGCCUCUCCCACUCGUCGCUCAUCUGCACCACGCCCAGACACUACAUCCGCUUCGGCUCGCCCUUCAACCCCGAGAGACGCCGACCCCGCCCACUACAAAUGGACGGCACUUAUGGCUGCUACAAGAAGAGAUGGAUCAAGCAGGUGGAGGAUGAGAGUUGUUCUGCCAGUGUGGAGGACGGCACAGAGUCCACCUCCUCCCAGCAAAGUACCAGCAGCAGAUCAACCCCCAACCCUCUGUCCACUGAAGUAAACGCACCGUUCAAAAAGCGCCGCUCCAAGUACACAGCUGAGACAACACCAGCAUCUUCAGACCACCUGCUCCGCCCGCUGUCCCCCAUCACACCGCCGCUCCCAGAGGACCCCCUCCAUCCGCUGCUGCACAACCCCUGCGGCUCGCUGCUGCCCAACGGCCUGGUCUACUCCCCCAUGCCCUCGCUGCCUACCAGCCGCUGCAACACACCGCUGCAGUUUGAGAACAUAUCGUCCCCUGAGGCGUCUCCUGUCCACCGGCCAGAGUCCAUCUCUCCUGAGCCGUGUCUUCAGCCGGACUUCGACGUCCCCCGGCCCCAGUUCCCGGACUUGUCCCUCCCCUCCAGCAUGGAGAGCCCCGUCGCUAUGACCUCGGAUGACUUUUCCCUCCCCGGUGGCGCUUCUGGCCACGACUCCCAGGGCCCGGUGUCUGUAGGGACCAGUUCUCACAACCCGGCGUCGUGUCCCACUUCAGACCUAAGCAGGGAGCAGGCCUUCAGGACAGAGUUCAACCUCAUAUACACCUGUUCACCCCUCAAUGCAAACCUGGGGAACGCCGUGGCCACGGACCGGCGCCUCUCUCAGUCAGAAGGGGGGUUCUCCCCAGCGGAGUCCUUCCACAGCUCGUUAAGCGGACAGGGGCUGCUGGGAGACAUCGGCACCGGCUCCAUGUCACCGUACGGCGAGCCUCAUUACGGGGGAGGCUACCCGGACAGCGGCACGCCUCCUCACACCAGCAACCCACCACAGAAGAAGAAGAGGGCCAACCAGCAUACCAUUAGUCUGCUGACAGGGAAGCCAGAUUACCAGGCUAUAGCUGUAAGAAGUGAAUACAAGCCAGUACAAAAUAUGGUGUCUCUGCUGGAAUACCGCAAGAGGAAGCAGGGCAGCAGCCGCGACCUGGAACCUGCCGGCAGCAGCUCGUCCCUGAGUGCCACCCCCACCCGGUCGGGCCCCCACUACAGCCAGGACUCCCACCACCACCACCAUCAUCAUCAUCCUCCUACACAUCCUCAUCCUCAUCCUCACGGCCAUCAGCAGAUGCAGCCACCCGCCUCCCCACACACCUCCUCCAUUCCUCAGAUAGAGGAGGUCAGUCCUCCAGACCAUCAGGCCCCGUCAGCAUCUAGACGCCAGGACAACAACCAGUGGAUGGUUCCCACCAGCGUUGAACGUCUAAGGGAAGGACAGGGGGUUCUGGAGCGAGUGCUGAGAAGCAUCAAAAUGGAGCGAAUUUACAAGCGGAGCGACGGUUCGACCGAGAAGGAAUCUGAUGCAGAUCGAUAUGAGAUGCAGGCAGCCUCCAUGGCUUCUCCUAUGAAGAGUCCACACAGAUACAGUCCGUCUGUGUACACACACCAGUCCUCAGACUCUCACCGUCAGACCGACAGCCCGUCGUUCCUCCAGCAGACCUCCAGUUCUCCAUUCCGGGGUUCCUACAGUCCGUCAUCAGGCCAGAGCUUCUACCCUCGUCACUCAUCCUCCUCAUCCUCCCACCCAGGCCUGUCCCAGGACCACCACCCCACCACCUCCUACCCCAGUCAGACCCCCACCUCGUCAUCCUCAGACUCCAGGCCGCCGGCGGGCCCUCUACAUCAGCAGAGCGGCGGCAGUACCGUGGAUGGGGGCCACAUGUAUGGCGGCGGCGGCGGCAGCCACCUCAAAGCCAGCCUUUUGAACAGCAGCGGCCUGGUGGGGGUCAGUCCUACCCCGGGUUCCAGGACCCACGGGGGGCACACUAAACUAGACUCUGGUGCCUCCAGGGGGGGGCAGCAGCAGCAGGGGUCUCGCAGCCUGAAGUCGGGCAGCCCGGGCUCUAGGCUGCUGUCGGCCUCUGGACCCCCCCACUACCCCCCACAAGGGACGAACCUCAGUCAGUUCCAGCACUCCCCUCUGCAGGGCCCGGGAGUAAGGACACAGUCAGGAAGCUUUUAGGAGUGUGUGUGUGUGUGUGAGUGUGUGAGUGUGUGUAUGUGAGUGUGUAUGAAGCUGCGGACCUCCUCGACCCCUAAAGCUGCUCGGAGUCUUCGGAGGGGAAAUGUACAGACAGACCUAAGAGGAGCACGGACUUCUAUACGGAUUCUCCUUUUCUUAUUUUCUGUCUUUUCUUUCUUUAUUUUCAGAAAAAUAAAUGACCACAUUCUGCACAAAGCUAAUCAUUGACUUUGGACACCGUUACAGAAUCAGUGGAAAUUUGGACGACAGUUUUCUGAAAACAAACAAAAUACAACAAGAAAUCACAUGUAACUUGAAAUUGUCCCCAGUGUUCCUCAUGUGCCGGACUGUGCAAACAGGCUCUAGAACGUCGGAAAAGUUCCACACAAAUGUCUGUACAGAGUUCUAAAAGGUGUACCUGUUGUCAUGGUACCCAGGUCGGAUACAUGCUGAGAUGUAACUGAAUACAAGAGUUGUUUUAUUUUUUAAAAACAAAUUCUUUCGUUACUUUUUUUUUUUUUUUUUGAUUUGGCAACUUGGCCGAGUCUGUGCUGCAGUAAAAUGUGUUUUCGUUUUUGGAAAGGCGCAAAGGUUGGUGAUGCGUGAAUCAUCCGUUCUAAAGAUGCUUCAGAGGCGGGGGGGCGGGGGGGCGGGGGGGGCGGGGGGGAGGGGCUCUCCCUGCAGGAUCAUUCCAUAGGAUUACCAGCUUCCAUGUUCUCCCACCUCUACAUGAACACAGCCCUCCUCUGUUCUCAGAGUUCUCCGUCUGUUUCGAUGUUCUUCAUUUGUUUUCUUCGUUCGUUCUGUUGGUUUUCCUCCCUCUUCUGUUCGUUCAUCCCCACUGGACUGUUUUAAUUUCACUUCACUGUAGACCUCUGAUGUACUUGACACAUCGGUCUCAUGAAUCAUGGUGCUGCAUUCUUGUUUUUUUUUUUUUUUCCAAUAAAUUUGAAAUCCAGUUAUGGUUCCCACAUACGCCUGCAUUCAUCUUGUUAUUGUAGAAGUUCAAAUCAGGGAUGCAUCCAUCCUGAAGCUCUGGGACGAUAUCGAACCAGUUAAACAGAAGAAUUUGGCCAAAAACCAACACUGAUGUUUUAAAUAAAAGUGGAUAAUAGAUGAUGCAAAUGUUUCUUUUCUUUGUUUUCAUGUUUUUUUCACUUCCCACGGGUUCGCUAAAGGCCUGUAUACAAACAAUUUGGCCGAUACCCAGUAGAAAUAGGUCAAAAAUGGAACUGAACCGUGGUGUGGUUGGAAAGUUCGGUCAGUCACAGGAAGUCAUGCAAAGCUAGUGUCACCAGUAAACAAAAAGAAAUAGAAAGACAAGAUGAAGGAAGUUAAAAUGAAUCAAAUUUAUAACAUGUCAGUAUGUACGGAGGAGGAUUAGGACCACUGGAGGGAAAAAAACCCCAAAAUUAA